ACAGACAUGGACGUCGCGUAGAAUAUUUUUGCGAAAUUUAGCGAAUUUAUAAUACUUUUAAUUGUUCUGUAGUUAAAAUAUAAAUGUUUAACAAAUAUUUACAACAUUUUCAAUCAACUAAAGUGUAAUGUUAUUAACAAUUAAGUGAAAAUGUAGUUAAAAUAUUGUUUGUAUGAGGCAGUAUUUAAAUUUCUAUUUGGAGAAAAAGUGUUGACCAUGAAAAUGUUUGCCAAAUAUUUGUAUAAAUCGAUAAAUAUAUUCGAACUAAAACAAAAUUCACAAUUACUCUACUAAUAUAAUAUAACAAGGAUAAAGAAAUUAUCAAAAAAAAAAAAAUAAAUAAAAACAGUGAAUAGUGUUUAGAAAAAAAGAGGAAUUUAAACGAAAAACUAACUAUUAUCGUUCACAAGAACAAAACCUUAAAGGAAUUUAUCCGCUCACCAUUAUUUCUAUAACGUCAAAAUGGAUGGUCAACGCGCUCGCGACAUACUCACAUUGUUGCAGGAGCGCGUCGUUUUCCUAACCGGUGGACGGGAUCGUCGUGGAGGACCGCUGUUAUGCUUUCCGGCUACACCAAGGCGUGAUCGUUUGAAGCCAGAUGAUUUAAGGCGGCUCUUGAGUUAUCUCAUAAUGAUACCAAGUGACUCUGCGAAAAAUUUGGGUUUCACUGUCAUUAUUGAUAUGCGUGGCAAUGGCAAUUGUUCGACAAAUGUCAAGGCCAUAUUGAAAGUGUUGCAAGAGCAUUUCAGUGCCAACAUACACAAUGUUGUCAUCAUAAAACCGGAUAAUUUUUGGCAAAAACAACGCGCUUCAAUAUCCUCACACAAAUACAAAUUUGAAACAUCCACAAUAUCGAUUGAAGCUCUUAAUAAAAUAGCCGAGCCAAAUCAGUUGACUUCAGACUUUGAUGGCAGUCAAAUGUAUGACCAUCAGCAAUGGACCGACUCCAGAUUGGCAAUAGAGGAUUUCUUUUGGCAGGCCAGUGAUUUGGCCGACCGUAUUGAUGAUUUGCAGGAGGAUUUACAACGUAAUGAUUUUGCCGAAGAUGUUAAUGGGGCGCGUCAUGCUCUGGAUCAUCACAAUGAAAUGAAGAAGAAAAUACUCAAGUUGCCGAUUGAAGAUUUGGAUGUGCAGGGCAAAAAGUUGUUGACAAAAAUUAACAUGAGCAGCGGCUGCAGUGGUGGAGCGGGUGCCAGUGGUGGAGAUUGUGGUGGCAGUGACUCGGGUACUUCUUCACAGUCGCGUGUACCCACUAAUAAUCCCGAUAUGUCGGCAGCUAUUAGCAAGGCCUUGCGACAAAUAGAUCUUAUACAUUCUGGUCAGCAGAGAUUACUUACCUUGUGGCAGCAUAAAAAAGUUAAACUAGAUCAAUGUUUUCAGUGGCGCUUGUUUGAGCAGGAUUGUGAAAAAAUGUUUGAUUGGAUUUUGCACAAUCGGGAUGUGUUUCAAAUGUCUUAUGUGGAAAUUGGUCAUAACUAUUCAGUGGCGAAAUCUUUGCAAGAUGAACACCAAAAAUUUGCCGUGGCCUCUAUGAAUGUCUCCGUCAAUAUUGAUCGCAUUUUGGCUGUGGCCUCUCGGCUCAUUGAAAGUCAACAUUAUGCCGCACAAAAUAUCAAGACCCUGGCCACGCGCUUAGACCGCACAUGGAAGGAUUUUGCCGCUGGUUUGGAUGAGCGUACAGCAGUGCUACAACUAAGCGUGCUAUUUCAUCACAAGGCUGAGCAAUACUGCAACAGUGUGGCCUCAUGGGCAGCUGCUUGUCAGGCUUCGCAACCCUUGCCUUCGGAUAUACAAAGUUUAGAGACGGCUAUACGAACUCAUCAGUCUUUGUACGAGGCCAUGUGCCAGGCUUACACCGAGGUUCAUUCUACCAGCAAGAAGUUACUUUAUCAAUUGGAUCAUUUAGUGCAGGUGUGUAAUCAACCUCCUCCCCCUGGUGUUCCUGAUCAUCGCAAAAAUAGUACUUACAACAAAUAUGGGCGUCAAAAUCCUGCUGCUGAUUAUAGUGAAGGUGCUUCUCAUGUGCUUGCAGUCAUACAUCAGAUUCUGGGUCACCAUCGUUCUUUGGAAUCAAAGUGGCACCAAGAAAAAAUUCGUUUGCAUCAAACUUUGGCUCUAAGGCUGUUUCAGGAGGAUGUAAAACAGGUUCUUGACUGGCUGAAAAAUCAUGGCGAAGUGUUUGUGCGUAAAAAUACCGGAAUUGGUAGAAACCUGCAAAAGGCUCGCGUUUAUCAAAAGUCUCAUGAACAUUUCGAAAAUGUGGCCCAAAACACCUACAGUAAUGCUGAGAAACUGUUAGCGGCCGCUGAUGAACUUGCCCGUAGUGGUGAGGCAGAUCCCAAUGAAAUUUACUCAGUGGCCCAUGAAUUGGAAAUACAAGUAGCAAGUUUUGCCGAACGCGUGGAACAGAGGAGAAGGCGUCUAGACAUGGCUGUCAUUUUCUAUACGCACGAAAAAGAGGUGACUGCCUGGAUUGACCAGCUGAGGGCAGAUGUUUCUACUGAUGAAACCAUGUUAUCGCAAGAAAAUCUAGAAGGCAUAGAGAGACUUUUACAACAGUAUAGAGAGCAACAAGAUAACACCCUCAAAGGCUGCAUGCAAACAAUUGCUCAAGGAGAGGCUCUGCUGCAAGAAAUGAGAUCUCUGGAGUAUUCAGACAAUACAGGUUCUCUUUCGGCCUUGGAAGCAGCACUCGAAAAACUUUCAAAGCAAAAAAUAGAGCUAGACGAAUUGUGGUCUGCCCGCAAGUUUCGUGCAGACUUAAUCUUACGCUUGCGUUACUUUGAGCGAGACGCCAUGGAACUAUCCUCUCAGCUGGAGAUAUGGUCUGAGGAACUACAACAUGCAGAUCUGUCACGUGACUACCAAAAAGCCGAACAACUUAUACGCAUGCACAACGAAUCGGUUAGUGACAUACAAAAUGCCACCUACGAGGUGCUCGAGCAGGGACAGGAGCUUUUACAAAUGUUUGAAUCGGCUGGCUUUAUUUCAAUGGCUGAUGCCACUCAUACCGCACAAGCUCGCAUCGAAUAUUUGCUAAACUUUUUGCGUGAACGUGAAAUUGAUUUGGAAGAGUUGUCAGAGGCCAAGCGCGCAAAACUAGAACAAGCUGUGCAAUUGUGUCAGUUUCAAAAUGAUGCGAAUCAAGUCAUUUCAUGGAUACGAAAUGGUGAGGCCAUGUUGGUGGCAAGUUUUGUUACCCCCAACAGUCUGCAGGAGGCCGAACAGUUGCGUAAGGAGCAUGAGCAGUUUCAAGUGGCAAUUGAAAAGACUCAUACAUCAGCGGUUCAGGUUAAAUACCGGGCCGAUGCUCUUAUCAAUGCCAACCACUACGAUCCCCAAUCGAUAAGAGAAAUUUCCGAUGAUGUCACCAAAAAGUGGCAACAAUUGGUCACUUAUGCCGAAGAACGCCACAAGCUGGUCACAGCCUCUAUAAACUUUUAUAAAACAGCCGAACAGGUGUGUUCAGUGCUGGACAGUUUGGAAAGGGAAUAUCGCAGAGAGGAUGACUGGUGUGGUGGUGGCGGCUCCAGUGACAAAGCCCAAACGAUUGUGCAACUCAUCUCAAAGCACCAAGAACAAAAAGAAGCUUUUCUUAAGGCCUGUACUUUAGCCCGACGGACAGCGGAAACUUUCCUUAAAUACGCCAACAGAUCGCAACAGUACUACGAAUAUCAAUCUCAAGGCAAUUGCGAAAAUCGUGUAAAAACCAUUUUGGACAAACUGCUUACUCAGGAAAAUCAAGUGCUGGAGUUUUGGACACAGCGUAAAAAGUCACUGGAUCAGUGUCAACAAUUUGUACUCUUCGAGAGAAGUGCCAAACAGGCCAUCGAAUGGAUCCAUAAUACAGGCGAAGCCUACUUGUCGUCACGCACUAAUCUGGUGGGAAAAACUCGUGAAGAAACCGAAGGUUUGCUCAAAGAGCACAACGAGUUUAGAGGCACAGCAAAGGAGACAAGAGAGCGUGUCAAGUUAUUGAUACAAUUAGCCGAUAGUUUGGUGGAAAAGGGACAUGCCCAUGCCAGUUCAAUAAAGCAAUGGGUUGCAUCUGUUGACCAAAGGUACAAAGAUUUUAGCAACCGCAUGGAUUCCUAUAGGGAACAAUUGGAAAAGUCCUUGGGCAUGUCCAUGGUGGUAGAAUCCGAUGCAAACAGCUCAAUUAGUUCUAUUACCGGUUCGUCUACAUCAACCGACCGGCAUUCAGAUCCAACUCUCGAAGCAAAAUUGACCACCUCCACUACAGUGGCAGCCAAGGAAAUAAACGAAGAAAAACGUAAAUCAGCACGUAGAAAAGAAUUCAUCAUGGCUGAAUUAAUGCAAACCGAAAGAGCCUAUGUUAAAGACUUGGACACAUGCAUUAAAUGUUUCCUCGAAGAAUUUCGUUCUGGACAAGGAGCACCUACGGCUCUUACCGGCAAAGAAGACAUUAUUUUUGGCAAUAUUAGAGAAAUCUACAAUUUCCAUCACAAAAUAUUCCUGCGUGAGUUGGAGAAAUAUGAAACCAUGCCUGAAGAUGUUGGCCAUUGUUUUGUCACCUGGGCCUGUAAAUUCGACAUGUACGUACACUAUUGCAAAAACAAACCCACAUCGAAUAACUUGCUAGUACAACAUGCGGGAACAUUCUUCGAUGAAUUGCAACACAAACACAAGGUAGAACAUCCUCUGCCAGCUUAUCUAAUCAAACCCGUACAACGUAUUACCAAAUAUCAGCUGCUACUAAAAGAUUUGCUCUCCUGCUGUGAGGAAAGUCAUGGUGAAAUUAAGGAGGGUCUUGAAGUCAUGUUGAAUGUUCCGAAAAAGGCAAACGAUGCCAUGCAUUUGUCUCUGCUCGAAAACUGCGAUGUUUCCAUUGAUGGUUUGGGAGAGGUUGUCUUGCAGGAUGCAUUCCAGGCUUGGGAUACUAAACAAUUGAUAAGAAAGGGUCGUGAAAGACGCGUAUUUUUAUUUGACAUGUAUUUAUUGUUUGCUAAAGAAGUCAAAGAUUCGAAUGGUUCAGUAAAAUACCAAUUUAAGAGCAAACUCAUGACAACAGAUCUUGGCAUUACGGAGCAUAUUGAAGGUGAUGAGACUAAAUUUGCUGUUUGGACUGGUAGACCGCCCAUGCUUUCGGACUGUCGCAUUGUACUUAAGGGCAAUAGUUUGGAAACGAAACAAAUUUGGACUAAGAAACUGCGAGAAGUUAUUCAAGAAACCGGCUUCUCGGGCACCUCUCUUACUCUACCCAAAUCUCCGGCGAAAAAUUCUGGUUCAUCGCAGCGUUCGUCGAGGGAUCUGGAUGAUCCCCUGACAGAAAAUGAUCCCGAUAAAUGUUCCCUGGCCAGUUAUGGUUCCGGCAAUACAACUGAUAGUGACAAUAAGAUUGGCACACAUGAAGCUACUUGGGUUAUAUCCGAUUACAUUGCUUCGCAUGGCUCGAAUGAACUCAGUGUCAGUAAAGGACAACAAGUGGAAAUUGUUGAAGCGCCUACAGCAAAUGAGCCAGAUUUCUGUUUAGUUCGUCUCAAUCCACAAACUGAUGAUGCGGCCGUACAGGAGGGUUUAGUGCCAGUUUCUAUACUUAAACCACCACCUGGUUCUCAGAAGACAAGCUCAACUCGCAAAGAUAAAGGUGAUGUCAUACAAGACCAAACCAAUAAUCGUAGUAAACCAGAUUCCCUUACAUCGUCCACUAAAAGAAGAGGCCUUGGAGGGCGCAAGUGGCUACCACAGAUUGGUCGUAAACCAACUCAAAACAAGGUGGAAAAAACCCCCGAAAAGUUAUUGGUCAAAAAGUUGUCCGAGAAAAAUUUCAAGUUGCCAGCGAAACAAGUGGAUGAUGCCAACACCUCGCAGUUGGCCUCAGCAAAUACAACAUCACAGCUUAAUAUAUCACAACAGGACUAUGAAGCUGAAGAGGAGGUGGGACUUGAAUUGCCGCCGCCCAUGAAACCAAUACUGGAGCCCCAUUUAAUGUCAAAUGGUCCGCCAACCUUUACAAAGGACAUGAAAGACAAUCCAUCAGCAAUGGCCAAUUCAGGCAAAAUGGAUGGUCUCUCAGAAAUCGAACAGAUUGUAAAAGAAAAAACGGAAAAACAUGAAGAGAAAUCGAAAAUUUUCAGUGAAAGCAAUGUCCGUAAUGCAAGUGUUGGUGCAGGAGGCAAUAGCAGUAGCAGCAGCUGCAGCGGUGUUGCUGGUGGCAUCAAUACAACCGAAAACGCUGAUUUUGUUUAUCCAAACAGUGAAAGCGGUGUGAAAGCGGAAAAUAAUGGCGAAGUAAAUUAUAAUUUUUAAAAUAUAAUUUUAAAAAUAAUUAUUCUUAAAAAUACCUCUAAAAAAACACACACACAGAACACACAUACCGAAGCCAGUGAUAAUGAAUCUGUACAAAAACACAGAUUUCCGGCUUUAGCCGAACUUUUAUCGACAGAAGAAAUGUACAUAAAGGAUUUGGGCGAUAUUGUCAAUGGGUACAUAGCAGAAAUAAGGAAUGCCAAUAGUGAUAUACCAUUGCCAAAUGACUUAAAGGGGCCCAAAGGACAAAUCGUAUUUGCUAAUAUUGAAGCCAUUUACGAAUGGCAUAGAGAUUAUUUUUUAAAGGCCUUAAUACAAAGUCAAAAAACACCAACCGAAUUGGGAUCACUGAUCAAACGCUAUGGCAACAAAUUUCAAAUGUACAUCACUUAUUGUAAUAACAAACCAAAGUCAGAGCAUAUUGUAACCGAACAUUCUCAAUACUUUGAUUUGGUGCGACAGAAAUUACAUCAUCGUUUGGAUUUGAGUGACUUGUUAAUAAAACCCGUGCAGAGAUUAACCAAAUAUGUUUUAUUACUACACACCAUAACUAAACAAAUCGAACAAGCCGGCCUAGUGGAAGAUGUUCCCAUCAUGAAAGAGGCCUGUAAUGUUAUGAAUGCCAUUUGCAAAGAUGUUAACGAUAUUAUGGUCCUGCGUCGCCUUAAAAAUUUCGAUGGCAAUAUCACAGCACAGGGUAAAUUGCUACUGCAUGGUCCCUUGACCUGCAUAGAGAAUGGCAAAAAUACCACUGAGGGUAAAAUGCGCGAAUUGCAUGUGUUUCUUUUUGAACAAGGCAUUUUUUUCACUGAAAGACACAAUUCAAAAAUUCAAUUUACCAGCCCAACCUACAUUUAUCGUUCACACAUUCAGGUAAAUAAAAUGCAAUUGGAUGAGUGGCCCAACAAUCGUUUUCUACUCAAGUCUACAGAUCCCAAUCGACCGGAUUUGAAUAUGAUUUGUUAUGCCGCCACUAUUGAUUCGCACCGUGAAUGGCUUGACACCAUACGCAAACAGUUGCAAUUUCAAAAUGAUUUCCUCAACGCCUUAAUACGACCUAUCGCCUAUCAGCAACAACAGCAACAACAACAAACAAAACACAAUCAUAGCGAAUUAAAACAUGAACACAGUCGAGAGCAGCUAUAGCCAGAUUUAAAUUAAACAAACAAAUUCACAACAUGGUAAGAACCAAAAUUUAUAGGAAAUUCACUACAACUACACACAACACAACAGUUAAAUUAACUUGAGAAACAAAAAAAAAAAGCGAAGCUAAUGAAAUUUCGAAUUAAUUUUUUUUCAACUCUGGUAUCCUAGAAUCCUAGAAACAAACAAAUAAAUAAAAAAAAUAAAAACAGAGACAAAAUACAAAAUUAUUAAUUAAAUACAUACACAUAUAAAAAUAACUUGCAAACAUUAUGUGUGCUCAGUUAUUAUACUCAGUUAAUGUGAAUCAAUCUACAAAUUAAGUAAAGUAAAGAAAAGAUAACAUAAAUACAUAUAUUUUUAGCAAAAGUAAAAUGUAAUAUAUAUACAUAUAAAAAUAUAAAUUUAGUUGAUCAGAUGAGAUCGUUAACGUAUAGCAGCAGCAGCAACAGCAGCACACUAUGGAAUAUUUGUGUAUAUCUUUAUGAAAUUUGUUUAAAAUCUUUUGUGUUUAUAAAUAUCUAUGUACGUGCGUGUGUAUCAAGCGAAAACGUCAACUCUUAAGAUAUUAAUUACGUCAUCAAAAUGGAAAUGAAGAAAAAAGUAUUAUUUCUGCAAUGCAAAAAAAAAACGAAAUUAAUUUUAUUUUCUUGUUUUUUUUAUUAUUAUCUAUCUUAUUCCUUUAAAACGCCAGUCAUAACAAUAAGAAACUUUAGUUAUUUUAACACUUUUGUCAGUAAAUACAAUACAAUACAUAAUAUUUUUAGUUUGUUUUACCUACUAAAUUAAUGUUUUCUAUAAUUUUUGCAUUUGCAUACAACAACAAGAACAAAAAAAUAAAAACUAAAUGAUCGACCAAUUAUUAUUAUUAUUAUUCAAAGCAAUUUGUUUACAAACUUUUAUUUAUAGAUAUAAAUAUACACAUUUAUUAUUUCAUAAAUAUUUUUUAAUUAUGUAUCUUUAUUUUUAGCAAGUAAUGUUGUCUAAGUGCUGUUUGAGUGAUUCUAAGUAAUAAGUAUUUUCAUAUAAAAUUACAUCUACCUACCUUUAUACAAACAAACAAAUCAAAUCAAAUGUACAUUUUUUUAUUUAUUUAAUUUUUUUAUUUUUUUUUAAUUUUCAGUAAUUACAUUUUUUAAUUUUUAAAUAUACAUACUUUUCAUACUCAUAUUAAACAAGAAAUUGAUAAAAAAAAUAUUUAAAAUUCAUACAAAUAUGUAAUAAACGUAUUAAAAGAAAUAUUACAAUUAAAAAUCCAAGAAAAUAAGAUUUAAAAGUGUUUAAAACUGAAAAAACACCAUAAAUAUGUUAAAACUAAAGAAUUAAUAAAUAAACAUUUAAAAAAAAUCAUUCACUCAUUACAUUUUAAUUUUAUUUUGAUGUUUUUUUUAUAUAAAUACUUGCAAAUAAUAUUUAGAAAAGUCUUUACAGCUUUAACAGAGCUUUAAACUACAAAAGCAUUUUAUAAUAUGUUUUCCUUUAAUCACACUUAGGCAAAUGUAAAUAUUAUGUUGUGAUUAAUGUAAUCUAAUGCUAAGAUUUAUUAUUAAUUUUCUUUUUAAUUUAUGUUAUUAUUGUCAUUGCCCCGAGGAAGGCGGCGGACAUUUUUACUACAUUCGAAACAAAUACAAUAGACAUAUUUCCGAAAAUUACAAAACAAAACAAAAAAAAAAAAUUAAAUGAUAUUAAAAGUAUGUACUAAUUAAUCUGUAUAAUUAAAAUAAUAAAAUGAAUUAUAAUUGUGACAUAUACAUAAAUACAUACAUAUUUUUCUGAGACGUACUAAAUAAAUAUAAACAAAAAAAUAAUGCAUAAAUAUAAAUAUUUUUCAUACAAAUUCCAGCAAAAA